AUGGCCUCCUUCUUCGCAGCCUCGCACAUACAGCUUGGUCUCGCCGCAAUCGUGACGGUCGCGAUUGUGUGGGUUGUGGUCUCUACCACAGUAUCCUACCGCCGGCUGCGGCACAUCCCAGGACCGUGGCUCGCUCGAUUUUCCCAGCUAUGGCUACUCAACGUCACGUCCAAGGGAGACCUAUACCUUGCCAUGGAAGGAGUCAUUGAGAAAUACGGCUCACCAGCGAGGAUCGGCCCUAACAUGAUUAUCUUUGAUGACCCCGAAUAUGUUCGCGCCAUGACAGCUCCCCGUUCACCUUUCAGGCGGGGCCAUUGGUAUAAGGCGAUGAAGCUCGACGCGCGGAUCAACAAUCUCCUGUCUGAACAGGAUGAAAGACGCCACGCAGAGUUACGAGCGAAGAUGAUGCCCGGAUACACUGCGAAAGAAGUCCCCGACCUCGAGGCGACCGUCAACGAUAGGCUCCUCGACCUCAUCGCGCUCAUUACGCGAGAAGGGAUAGAGAAACGCUCGUCCAUCGACUUCGCCACGUUCGCUCAGUAUUUCACUCUCGACAGCCUCACGCAUAUUGCAUUCGGCCGCCCCUUUGGCUUCCUAACGCACAACGAAGACCUCUACAACUACAACAAGACCAGCACCGCGUUCUUCCCCGUGCUGGAACUCGGCACCAAUUUCCCAUGGGUGCACGCCAUCCUCUCCAGCCCCCUCCUGCAAGCGCUGGCGGGACCCAAACCAGAAGACAAAGCGGGCCUGGGCGCCAUCAUCGGCAUCGCUCAGGAGAUAGUAGCCGAGCGCUUCCACUCAGGUUCGGAAUCCAAGAACGAAAAGGACAUGCUCAACUCGUUCAUCAGACACGGCCUCACGCAGCUGGAAGCAGAAUCCGAAUCCCUGCUUCAAAUCCUCGCCGGCUCGGACAGCACGGCCACCACGAUCCGAAUGACGCUGUUGUUCAUGCUGACAAACCCGGCCGUGUACGUCAAGCUGCGGACCGAAAUCGACGCUGCCGUCGCCGACGGCCAAAUCUCCUUCCCCGUGGUCAAGUACAGCGAAGCCCAGACGCUGCCUUACCUCCAAGCGUGCAUCAAGGAGGGUCUCCGCGUCUGGCAGCCUCUGAACGGGAUCGGGACGAAGCUCUCUCCACCAGAGGAGAUUGAGAUCUGUGGCGUCCGAAUCCCACCCCACACGCAGGUGGCCAUCAGCCAGCACAUGAUGAUGAAGAGACGCGAUCUGUUCGGCGACGACGCCGCCAUCUUUCGACCGGAGCGCUGGAUCGAGAAUGAUCCCGAGACGCUGAAGAGGAUGGAGCGCGUGUGGGAGUUGUCCUUUGCCGCCGGGAGGUUUACCUGUUUGGGCAAGGGCAUCGCGCUGAUGGAGUUGAACAAAGUGUUUGUAGAGCUCUUCCGGCGUUUCGACCUUGGAAUCGUCAAUCCCGUCAAGACGAUGGAGACGAAGUGCCAUCAGAUUCAUGUUCAGAGAAAGAUGUUUCUGCAUGUCACGGCACGGGCCAUGUGA